GGAAGACGAUGAGUUGGAAGAUGUAUAAAGAGGAGGCCCUCUUGCUGUUGCCAUUUGAUGUGAUUCAAUGCUCUGCAGUCACAACAGCAAACACCGACAUUCUCACUGAAGCAUCAUCAACUCCCUGAUUUUGAAGUCCUACUGUCAUCGGAAUUGACCCGCCUUCAUUCUCGACACAAGCCCCGACUCCCAAUCGGGUAGCUUCACCGACUCGCACUUUAUUACGCACGGUCACCGGCACAAUACAGUGCCUGAGUGCAUAGCAGCAAUGGCGUCCAUCAUGUCCCGCCAGGCCCUCCUUCGCAUUUCAGUGAGGGCCCCUCACAUGAUCAAGAGAUCAAGCAACCGUGCGGCCGCUGCAACUAUCCCACAGAAACAUGGACACGGCCGCGCGUUUUCAUCCACAGCGAGGACCCCCGCCAUGGGCCAGCAGCAGCAGCAGGUCGGCCGCAGUGGUGGCAUGCCUUCGGGAGAGGCCACCGAGAUUCCGGCUUUCAGCCUCAAGCAACUGAGCCCGAGCCCGCGGAUGCGCUACGCCAUAGUCGCCCUCCUCCUGACGACGGGGUUCCUGGAGGGCGCGUCCUGGGUCUACUUUUGGCCCAAGGUCUCUGGCAGCGCGGAGGGGGAGAAGGAAGACAAGUGAUCCUGGCUUUAUUGGGGAAGAAAUAUGAGGGUCUUGGAUCCCCACUACGAUCAUGUGUGCGAUGGGGGUCGGGAUGCUACUGUGUACUGCCGUGCUGACGGGAAUGCGUGCUGACGAGAAUGUAGCGGUGUCUUGGCCUUUUUUUUUCUUUUGUUCUGUCUUUCAGGGAGGUUGAACGCCCGCUGUUUAAAGUAUUUUGUGCCAGGGUAUUUGGCUAGGUUUGAUGCGCCUGAGCAUGAAGAUGCCGGCGUCGUUACCAGGUAGACGGAAUAGCAACACGCCACUCCCACGUGUGGAUUAGGCUCUAUCCAUAUAUACUGGGAAUCUCUCAAGCUUUGCAUGC